GUCGGUUUUCUAUUUCUACUCCCACUACGCCUCGCCCCUCUAUUCGUCUCAAAUUCUCUCCUGGAGCAUAUUCCAGACUCGCGACAAUCUAACAACUCCCAUUUUCACUUUGCAUUGCAGCCAAAAUGGCGGACGCCGACUCUCAAGAUUACACCAUCGACUCUGCCGAUGCGGGUGCGUCUUUGACCUACCCCAUGCAGUGUUCUGCCUUGAGGAAGGGUGGACAUGUUCUCAUCAAGAACCGUCCUUGCAAGAUCAUCGACAUGUCGACCUCCAAGACCGGAAAGCAUGGACACGCCAAGGUUCAUCUCAUCGCUGAAGACAUCUUCACCAAGAAGAAGUUGGAGGAUCUUUCCCCAUCCACCCACAACAUGGAUGUCCCCAACGUUACGCGCAAGGAAUACGCCUUCCUCACUCUCGAUGAUGGUUUCCUUAACCUGUACGAUGAGGCUACCGGAAACACCAGAGAUGAUAUCAAGAUGCCAGAGCCCAUUGCUGGCGAUGAUAAGAGACAAGAAGUCAUCAACAAGAUCAUCGAGCUCAGCAAGGAUGAUGAGAAGUCAGGUGUCGUUAUUAUCAUUUCCGCCAUGGGCGAGAAUGCUUGUAUCGAUGCGAAGGAGGUUUAAGUCAAGACAUGUAUCUCUGGGCCUGUACGGAAUAGCCUUCUUCCAUACCAUGGCUCGUUACCCCUCAUCGGCUUGGCAUAACUAGCCUGUCAGGCACCUGCCUGGCUAGAUUUUUGUGAUCGUCAUGUUGUAAAGGCAACUUGGUGGUUGUUCGCAUCGCUUUGCCUUCCUAUUCUACUGGUACAUUUAUCGGGUUCUACAGUCAGUGAAGUCUGUCGCUAGCGAGUCGCAACACGUCGCGACUACGACUACCAAGCUUGCAACAGUGACUGUAACGAACGCGAUGAUAGUUAUCGUUGUAGAUAGCCAAAAAUAAAAUAACAGUCCCUCUACUAAAAUUGACUGACCAACUGCCAUAAUUAUUUGAGUAUGUGUCGUUGAAUUGGAGUCAAAAGAGUAGGAAUUGUGUGGCA